UAAAAACCUUGCUUGACAAUCUUCAUGAAGAAGUAUCCUGUUCUGUGUGUAUGACCACAUUUACUGAACCAAAGAUACUGCCGUGUUUGCACACUUUCUGUCUUCACUGCUUGAACGGGAUUUUACGAACCAGUGGCCGCCAUGAUAUCAUCCCAUGUCCUGAAUGCCGAAGAGAAGUUCAAGUUCCUAGCAGUGGAAACCUCAAGGAUCUGCCAACAAACUUUCGUAUCAACAGUUUGCUAGAUGUGCUGGCCAUCAAAGAAUGCCAUACUGCUGGAGUGAAAUGUGCAAACUGCGACAAAAGUAGCAAACACAGUUCGUACUGUUUUCAGUGCUGUGCGUUCUGGUGUGACGAGUGUAUCACUGCGCAUAACUUAGUCAAAGCGAAUAAAGAGCAUCGGGUUCUUGCUCUGAAAGAUUUUGAAGACCAAGACAUCGAGGACGUGUUAAAGCGGCCGGCAUUUUGCCAACAGAAGCAUCACGAAAAAGAAGAACUCAAGCUCUUUUGCAAGAACUGUGAUGUUGCUAUUUGUAAUUUGUGUGUUGCAACCAUCCAUGAUGGUCACGCUAAGAUUGUUCUAGAAGAAGCAGCAAGUGAACGCAAGAUACAAGUCAAGUCUGUGAUCGAGAAGCAAAAGAAAACUAUUGAACACAAAAAAACCAAAAUCGCUGAUCUUGAAAGACAGUGUAACCAAAUUGAAGCGCGAGGCGAUGCAGUGAAACGAGACAUCCACAAGUUUGCUGAAAACAUGAUCGCAGUCAUUGAAACAAAGAAGAAGGAAAUGUUAAACAAAGCUGAAAAAAAAAUCAAAGAAUCCCUUGGAUGUUUGCGAACUCAACAAUGCGAGGUGAUACGUCAAUUGAAACUGCUGGAAACUACUGUUGAAAAAACUGAAACACUUGUAAAACAAUGUACAAAUGCCGAGAUUACUCAGUUAGAUAAGUCACUGAGCACGGUCAUACCCGAAGAAGUCAGUGAUGUUGGAAAACAAGCCGCAGCUGACCUUGAAGGUCUUCGUCAAUUCCUUUUCAAAGAAAACAAAACAUUUGUUGAUAGUCUUAACUCUGACGGCAUCGGCUCAUUUCAAACUUUUGUGACUAACACUUGCGCUCAUCAGUCAACUACCGAAGGGAAAGGACUCAGUGAAGCGAGUGUUGGACUUGAAUCAAACUUUUUAUUAACAACAAGAAAUGCCGAAGGAGAACAAUGUUACAAUGAGCGUGACUGUGUAACCGUGGAAAUAAAAAAUCAGCGAGGCCAUGACUGUGCGACGGAAGUACGAUUCAAAGAUGAGAAAGAUGGUAGCUACAAAGUCAGAUAUUUCCUCAAAGAUACAGGAAAAUGCCAAGUAUCAGUGAAAGUAAAUGAAGAACACAUUCGUGGCAGUCCAUUUCCUAUUAAACCGAAACCCAGACAAUUCAGACACGUGUUAUCUUUUGGACGACGAGGUUCGUGUGCUGAAAUGGUAAAAGCUCCAUACGGAGUAACAGUGAAUGAACGAGAUGAAAUUGCAGUGACUGAUACUGAUAACCACAAGGUUCAGGUAUUCAGUAGUGAUGGAACUUACUUAAGAUCUUUUGGUAGGAUUGGUGAUAAACAGGGAGAGUUAAAUUGGCCUGCUGGGAUAGCAUUUGAUAAGAAUAGUCGCAGUAUAGUUGUAGACAGUGAUAAUCACCGAGUUCAAUUGUUUAAUGAGCAGGGUCAGUACCUGAGCCAGUUUGGUGAUGAAGGAAAUCUUGAUCACCAGCUGAGGGAUCCUUAUGGUGUAUCUGUUGACACGAAUGGAAAUAUCAUUGUUGCCGAUGCGGGCAACAAACUUAUAAAAAUCUUUUCUCCCAGUGGUCAGUUUUUGUAUAAACUUGGUGAAGGUGAAAGUGGACAUUUUACUUCUCCUUUUCACUGUAUUCAAUAUGAUAAAUUUCUUAUAGUAUCAGACGCUGGUGAACAUUGUAUCAAAGUGUUUGAUAUAAACGGCAACUUUUUGUACAAAUUUGGAAAUCAGGGGAACAGGGACGGGGAGUUUAACGAGCCCCGUUUUUUAUCAGUUAACAAAGCAGGACACCUGAUGGUCUGUGACACAAAGAAUCACAGAGUUCAGGUAUUUGAACUGAAUGGUAAUUUUGUAACAAAGUUUGGAAAACUAGGGAGUUGGCUGGGGGAGUUCGGCUCGCCAACAUCUGCAGCAGUUCUUAGUAAUGGUAGGAUAGUUGUGACUGAAUGGUUUAACAGUCGCAUUCAGAUAUUUGAGUAAAUGUGGAUAAUUUAUCUACCAUCACAUUCAGACUACAAAUUACUUCUAAAAAACAUUCUUUUCACCUAAUCUUGAAAUCAUUUUCCAGAUAGGCUUCUUGUUAUAGUUUCAGUGAGAAGAACAUUUUAGAACUUUGAGUCAGUGGAUUCGAUUUUGUGCAUUGUCUAGUUAUCAGUUCACGCUUUAAUGUCCCAUUUUUUUCUCUUGCUCACGGUAAUCCCGAGAAAAGUGUUUUCUUGCCUUGGUUAUUUUGCCUAAAUGAAUGGAAAUUAAUUAAAUGUAGAUUAAAAUGACACGUUUUGAACUUUUCGGGAGAAGCCAUUAGAAAACAAUAAGUCAACUGCAAACUGGUUAUUGUCAUUUUCAAUCAAAAUCGCUAAGAUUUCUUUCACAAAUUGUCGUUGUUGCUUCUAAUUGUCGUUUUUCCAUGAGCUUGAAUGGACAACACUUUUACUUUUCUUUUGUUGUUGGCUAUUUUCUUUUCUAAUGGCUCAUCCUUCAGUUCACUCGUUAUAAACGAAUAAUGCUGGUGUAUAUAUCAGUGUAAAGUUACACGGAGCUGCACGUCAAAGUGAUGUUGAACCCAAAAAUGUUUGCGACGUGAUUAUUUUAUUCAUGUAAAUCACGCAGUGUUUGCCGGAAAAAUUGUAACUGUAAAGAAGCAACGUCAUUAAAAUCUAAGGUUUUUCUUAUGUUUCGAUUCGCGUGCAAGAAUCCAACCAUUGUAAUUCUAGUUUGUUAGGGAGGACAAACAAAAGAAAU